ACCGCUAAUUGAUGGGUGGGCUAUUGUACACGUGGUCUCCCGCUAGUAGCUCGCCGAGUUUGACAUGGACUAGCUACAGUAGUACUAGAUGGCAUGCAGGAGUCGAUACACGCCCUUCGUUUUGACUUCUUGUGCCUCCAAGAUACACAGAGUAAGCGGACCUGUUCGAGGUAAGCCUGUUCUGGUUACCAUAUUGCCUUUUUCGCUCGUGUUUCACGAGACCCGACAUAUUUUUCGACCUUUAUCCGACUGAAUGCGUGGUAUUGUUUGUGGAGCGAUUGAUGGCUCGUGAAGUGAGAUGUUGGGUAACAGACUGACAGACAGACACCGUCACAAAACAACCCUCGCUGUGCAUGUGCACCGAAGGUUAAUAAAGCCUGUGUAGCGCUAAAUCCGUUAGUAUCGCUUUUUUGAGGUACCUUGUUGUGUGUGGUGACAGAAAACAUGGUAACAGACAGACAGAUGCACACGCACACCCGGUUAUAAACCAAGUACUAUAACCCUCACCGUGAAUGUGCGCCAAGGCCACUACCGGUAUGGAAUAUGUGGUUCUUACGUUUUUCAUCACACAGCUCGGAGAGACUGCACUGGCGUUGGCUCUCAGGAAGGGUUUGACUGACAUUGUUUCACUGCUAAUGAAGGGAGGAGCUCACAUUGACAUUCAGGAUGAGAGAGGAGACUCUCUACUGAUGAAGGCUGCCAGUGAGAGUAGGACUGAAGUUGUGUCACUUCUACUGAAGGUUGGAGCUAACAUUGACCUACAGAAUGAGAGAGGAGACUCAGCUGUGAUAUUGGCCACAGUAAAGUUCCAUCUGUCAGUCUUGAAGGUGCUGGUCAGAGCUGGAGCUGACCUCAACCUACAGAACCAGGAGAUGCUAACCGCUCUCAUGAUCUCCUCAACAUCUGCUAGAACUGAUCUUUCAGAGACACUUCUGUCAGGACCCAACAUCUGUCUUGAUAUUCAGAGUACCAAUAAUGGAUGGUCAGCGCUUUUCUUUGCUGCCAACGAAGGAGAUUUAGCGACAACAAAAUUACUACUCAAGGGAGGGGCUGACCCUCAUCUCAGAGAUCAUAAUGGACUGACAGCUCUGUAUUUUGCUACUGCUGGUGUUCAUAAGGAUGUUUACGAGCUACUGAAGAGGCACAUGAGGAGUCCUUCAGUCUCCUGGCAAUCACGAGUGUCUGAGGGUAUGAAGGAUCUUGUGAAGGGUGGGAGACAAGCAGCGAAGCAGGCAUUCAUUCGUCUGGAGACAAGAGUCUUGAGACCUGAUAAGACUAAGCAGCUGGAGUCUGGGGUCAGAGCUGGUCAAGAGGAGGGGGAGGGCGGAGUCAGGAGAAAGCCGAAACCACACCCACAAGAGCACAGCACAAGAGAUGAAUAUUGGUCCAGUCUUGAUCCUCAAUGACCCUACAUAAUGACUCCCCGCCACCCACACACACAAGCAAGCACGCUCACCUCAUACCUUAUGUAUCAUAGGCACAGUAUUAUGAUGCUGUGGUGCUGAUUUCCUCCUGUGUUUGUAUAAUUAUCACACAUUGCAAGUCGGUGGAGACUGACAACAUCAUCUAAGGUUGUGUCA